CAUCUGAUAUUUUUCAGCUUGACUACUCGCUUUCAUCAAAUCACACACAAAAAUGCUAACUAGGUCAAAUGAUGUGAUGUCAGUAGGAAUCAUCUAUGAAAACCCAGUCUCGGGAGAGAGGGAUUUUUUUGUCAUGGCAGACAUUCAGUUGCCCCACAGUCACAUACCCUACGGCAAGGAGGGCUCCGGCUUCUUUAGUGACUACAGCAGUGGAUGUUUUAAUGUUAUAGACGCAGCCACUCCUAUGGUCCUCGAUGCCCUGGAUAAAGUUCCAGUGAAAAGUUUGGACGCUCCAUUUAUAAUUGCUGACUUUGGGACUGCAGACGGUGGGACCUCCAUUUUUCUUAUAACCAAAAUGAUAGGUAAAUUGUCUUACUCGUAUAUUUGCUGUAAUUCUGAAUCUCGUACGGAUGGAUUACACACGGAACGUUUGCGUAAAAGGCACGGCAAGGAACUGCCCCUUCAAGUGGUGUAUGAGGACCAGCCUUGCAAUGACUUCAAGUCGCUGUUUUUUAGAAUACAUGGUAGGCAGUAA